CAACGGUUCCCAAAUUUUAUAUUAAAUGGAGGCGGCUCGCGGGAAGACGGGGGCAGCCGUGCCAUAGUUUGCUCCCGGCCUGUUCGCCUAUAUACAUCGCGCGGCGCACGAGCCAUCACUGGAGUUCUCAUAUACUAUAUACAAAAAAAAAAAGAAGUAGCACCAACCAAGAACACACGAGCCGUCAGGAACCGAGGAGGGGCGAAUCGAAUCCGCCGGCGGCAGAGCGCAGCUAGAGAGCCCGGGUUCCUCUAGGCCGACCGGCCGGCGACAUGUCUCUCGCCCCGCUGCUCGGCUCCCGCGAGCCCGGCGACGAUGGCGGCGGCGGCGGCCAGGAGCGUCGCCCGUCGUGGCGCGGGGGCGCUGCUGGCGGCCUGUGCGCGUCGUGGCUCGGCCGCGUGGUGGACACCGAGGAGGCGUGGGCGCAGCUGCAGUUCGCGGUGCCGAUGAUCCUGACGAGCAUGGCGUACUACGGCAUCCCGCUGGUGUCCGUGAUGUUCUCCGGCCAACUCGGCGACGUCCAGCUCGCCGGCGCCACGCUCGGCAACUCCUGGGCCACCGUCACCGGCUACGCCCUGGCCACGGGCCUGAGCGGGGCGCUGGAGACGCUGUGCGGGCAGGCGUACGGCGCCCGGCUGCACCGCAUGCUGGGCCUGUACCUGCAGUCGUCGCUGCUCCUGUCGGCGGCGGUGUCGGCGCUCAUCUCCGUGCUCUGGAUGUUCACGGAGCCUCUGCUCCUCCUCCUCCGGCAGGACCCCGAGGUGGCCCGCGAGGCGGCGGCGUUCAUCCGGCCCCAGGUCCCCGGCCUCUUCGCGUUCGCCUUCCUCCAGUGCCUGCUGCGCUACCUGCAGACGCAGUCCGUCGUCGUGCCGCUCGUCGUCUGCUCCGUGGCGCCGUUCGCGCUCCACGUCGUGCUGUCGCACCUGAUGGUGAACGUUCUCGGCUUCGGGCUCGCCGGCGCGCCCGCCGCCAUCUCGGUCACCUUCUGGGUCGCCUGCCUGAUGCUGCUCGCGUACAUCCUGCGGUCGGAGGCGUUCCGCGAGACGUGGCCGGGGUUCUCCGCCGAGGCAUUCAUGUACGUGCUGCCCACCGCGAGGCUCGCCGUGCCGUCCGCCGUCAUGGUCUGCCUGGAGAUCUGGGCGUUCGAGCUCCUGGUCCUCGUCGCCGGCUUGCUCCCCAAUUCCACGGUGAGCACGUCGCUGAUCGCCAUGUGCACUAGCACCGAGGCCAUCGGCUACAUGACCACGUACGGGUUCAGCGCCGCUGUGAGCACCCGGGUGUCGAAUGAGGUCGGGGCCGGGAACGUGGACAAGGCCAAGAACGCCGUGCUGGUGACGAUGAAGCUGGCGGUGCUCCUCUGCAUCGCCUUCGUCCUGCUGCUGGCGUUCGGGCACGACGUGUGGGCGAGCCUCUUCAGCCGGAGCGCGGUGAUCGUGUCGGCGUUCGGCGGCAUCACGCCGCUCAUGAUCGUCUCCAUCGUGUUCGAGACGAUGCAGAGCGUCCUGUCAGGCGUGUCGAGGGGCUGUGGGUGGCAGCAUCUCGCGGCGCUCACCAACCUGGUGGCUUACUACUUCGUCGCCAUGCCGCUGGCCCUCCUCUUCGCCUUCAAGCUCAAGUUCUACGCCAAGGGAUUGUGGGUGGGCCUGAUCUGCGGGCUGGCUUGCCAAACCUUCUCGCUGCUGGUGAUCACAGCCCGCACCAAGUGGUCCAAGAUCGCGGAGGCCAUGCAGGAGAAAAAGGCCUCCUACGUCGCCUAACCAGGCUGGGCUAGGGCCAAAUAAUUCAUGGGCUUUGGGCGCCCAUUUUCUUUCCAAGUCGUAUAACAUGGGGUGUUUGGUAAUUUAGUCCGGACUUUAUUCAUGUCAUAUCGAAUAUUCGGAUGUUAAUUAGGAGAACCGAACAUGAGCGAAUUAUAAAACUAUAAUUACACAGAUAGAGGCUAAUUCACGAGAUGAAUCUAUUAAGCCUAAUUAAUCCAUCAUUAGCACAUGCUUACUGUAGCACCAUAUUAUCAAAUCAUGGACUAAUUAGGCUUAAUAGAUUCAUCUCGCAAAUUAGUCUCCAUCUGUGUAAUUGGUUUUAUAAUUAGUCUAUGUUGAAUACUUCUAAUUAGUAUCUAAACAUUUGAUGUGAUAGAAAUUUUAGGAGGUCCUACAUUCUUGAACAGCACGGCAUACGCAGAAUGUCAACAGGGAAAUGUAUUGUUGGAAAUAAAAAAAAGUCUCAUUUUGGGAUGCUAAA